UUUAUUUUAAUCCCAAUCUACAUGAAUAUGAUGAAUAUGAGUUUACCAUUAUAAUCACACGCAAUUUGUUUACUAGGAAGUUAUGCAGUAUUUGUGUCAUGUGUUAUGCUGUGUGUAAGUCAGGAGUUUGCCAUGGGAUUGCUAUUGCAACCCAGCUGUGUGUGUUUCAUGUCAAAGGGCACAAAGGGUUUAAGUAAGUGAAUGGCCAGGGUCAAAUAGGUCACGGGAAGAAGACACUGGUCUGAGGAAUGUCAUUUGGUUCCUGCCUGAACAGAAACAUAUUGUUUUAAGCAUGGAGGAGGGGGGGAACCAAAACCAUAUAUAUUUACCAAGCCUGGCUCAGAAAGUCAGACUGAUUUGGGGAAUCCUCCCAGGACGCUGGUUCUGGGGGGGAUUAACCAGGGGAGUCUCGGCUUUUUAUUUGUCCGGAUAAUAAAAGUCUAUCUCUUGAAAUCAAAACCUAAGACUGAAGAUUGUUUCAUUGGAGGAAAAUGAAAACCACAACAUUUGGUGCCGAAACCCGGGAUAGAAAAGAGCUGGACAGUCACACCACCUGGGCGAACCUGACGAGCAACACAAACAACGUAUGGCCAUAAGGUAAGCACUUUUUGCUUAUUAAAUUAGGUUUGUGUUGUUUGCCAGACUUUGCUCAACGUGGUGAGAAAUUUAAGCUCUUCUAAAUUUAAGAACCAUACAUGUGAACUGGGUUUUGAUUUCAAGGGUACAAUCUAAUUAAGGCAUGCAUGCAUGAAUCUGUGUUAAUUACUUUGGCUUUGAUGAUCAUGGUGAAUUGAUAGAGGUUUAAGUAAAAGAGAACGCGUAAGAGUUUUGUAUGCAAGGUUGCAUAUGCUGCGUAUAUCGGGGAAAAGGAUGACGUAGAGGUUUAAGUAAAAGAGAACGCGUAAGAGUUUUGUAUGCAAGGUUGCAUAUGCUGCGUCUAUCGGGGAAAAGGAUGACGUAGAGGUUUAAGUAAAAGAGAACGCGUAAGAGUUUUGUAUGCAAGGUUGCAUAUGCUGCGUCUAUCGGGGAAAAGGAUGACGUAGAGGUUUAAGUAAAAGAGAACGCGUAAGAGUUUUGUAUGCAAGGUUGCAUAUGCUGCGUCUAUCGGGGAAAAGGAUGACGUAGAGGUUUAAGUUAAGACAACGGAUAAAAGUUUAAAUCGUUAUGUGAAUUAACGAUUGGUUAUUUGUUUAUUGAUUUGUGUUUGAGUGUGUAUGUAUGCAGCUGCAGAGUUUUGUUUGUUAGUGAGAGAAAUGUGAACGUGCAUCUGGUAAAGCAGGGGGAGGGUUUCCCUUAGGCAGUCUCUGCGGGCUGUUAAGGGGGGUAUAUCCUGUGAGUAUAGGGUAAAUUACUGUGUUAGAGUGUGGAAGAAUGAGCCCUAAAAAAAAUAAAAAAAAAAAUAAUAAAAAAAAUAAAUAAAUAAAUAAAUAAAUAAAUGCUAAUGGGUUAUUACUGAAAAAUGGUUGGGUUAACAAUUUGGUUUAUAGGUUAUCAAAUAUACACUUGAAAUUUAAGGUUUGGUAAAAACAAUUGACACCAGAUGGGAUAUCAAAAAGAGCACAGAACCAGAGACUACAGCUAACUUUCUCGAUGGGCAAUGCAAUCAGGUGGCCACCUAUUAAUCAAUCAAUUUUGCUUGUUUAAAGAUUGUAUUGUUCACCUGAGAGGGCUCGGUGUGGUCAAAUCACAAAUGCUCUUCCAAAUUUAAGAAAAAAAGGGGAAAUUAAAGAUUACUAGAUUAAAUGAUAAGAAUAAAGGGUUUCAUUUUCAAAAGGAAUGUGUGCUAGGACAGAAGAUGGUUUGUUGUGUGAAUGAGUUUUAUUGUUUUAUUUUUGUCGUUGAGUGGCUUGGAUAAAGAGUUAAUGUUAAGUUGAGAAAAUGCCUAAGAAGUUUCGCGAACCUGAGUGUUACCGUGUCGGGGCAGACACGUUGGGGUUCGGAGAGAAGAGUUAUUAAGUCCUGCAGGUCAGGUACGGUCUAUGUGUUAUUUGUCUUGUUGUUUGGAAACGCCCGGGCUGAUGAGAGAUAUUGUUUUGUUUUAUUUGUCAUGUCGGAUUGGUAAAUUGUGUAAGUGAAUCUUUUCCACGUUGGUGGAAGUGUAGUGGAAAGGUGAACUUGGCCAGGUUGUCUAGAUAGAGUUGUUUUAUUUUAUUUUAUUUGUGUGAGAAUGUAACGUGUCUGUAAUAUAGUGAGUCUGUGUGUGAAUGUCUGAGAUGGAAAGAGUGGGGGCUGAGUGAGCAGUGGGUGUGUCUUUCUUCUGUUGCUCUGUAGAGAGCACAGAGAUGUGUUGUGUUACAGGAGUGAAGAUUGUUUAAAACUAUAAAAAAGGGGAUAAAGUUUGAAAGUAUGUGAAUAUGGGUAUGGAUAAGAGACAGUUAUAAAUGCUGGGUAUUAAAGAUUAGAUUUGAAGACAGUGUGGUUCUGAGGUAUUGUAGCCAAAAAUAUUAGUUAUUACAGUGAAGUAUACAGCUACUUCUAGAAAUUAAAUAAUUCAUUUAAAGGAUUGAUUAAAAUAAAAAAAAAUGUGCUCAAUAGGAAAAGAUUGCUUGUCCAAAAAAGGACAGAUGUUGGUGAUGGUAUUUGAUUCUAUUUGACAAAACAUUACAAAAUAUUAUAAAGGACAUUUUAUUUUAAAGACACAUUGGAAAUCUAAGUAACAAUUUGGGGAAUAUAUAAAUUGGAUAAAUAAAAACAAUAAGUUUGUGAAGUGGUUAAAUGAGAAAUAAUUAUAAAAUAUAAGUAUGUUAUAUUGCAAAGAAAAGAUUAUGGCAGUCACAUUAAUGGAAAAAUAAGGAUUAAACAAUUGUUGUGUGGAGAAUUAGAAAAUAAAAUAAUUGGAGUACAAAUGAGGAAACAUUUGAUGUGGCAUUGUGUGAGGAGAAAUACAACUAAAUAAAAAUACAAACUAAUGAAAGAUAAGAGGAGAUAAUUAACAGACAAAGAAACGGUCAAAGGGAGAAGGAGAGAGAGAGAGAAAGAGAGAGAGAGAGAGAGAGAGAGAGAAAGGGAGGGGGUUCUAAAUGGUCACCAGAUUUGACCUGUGAAGAUCAACUCUCAUCGCUCGAGGGGAAUUGUGGGAUUUAAGCAAAAUCUAGCAGAAAAACAGAGGUGAAGCAUCAAAGAGAAAUAACAAAUUAGAGAAAAAAGAUUAGAGACCAAGUUAUUAAAGGUGGAAAUAAAGAUGAAAAAUUAAAAAGGACAGAAAAAUUAUUAAAAGGUGAAUGACACAGAUAAAUUAUAUAAAGGAAAAAAGAUUUAACAAAAUGAAGAGGAGUCUUCAUCUGAUGAUUGAAAGUGGUCACAAAAUAAAUUUUAUUUUAAAUUGAAAGGCAAUAUUUUGCAAUGGGUUAAGUUAAACCUUGAAAGGCUGAAAGCUCUGAUCCUUUGACAUUCAAGAAAGUGAAUAAAAGCUGGCGAUGCAAAGACAAUGAAAAACUGUGUGUGACAUCAAAGUGUUGGAGUUGCAAAGAGAGGAGUAACUCAUAAACUGGACUGAGAGCACAUUCUAUUUGAAUGGGACUAUAAUUGAACUCAAGCAGUGAAGGGGGCACUGCGCAUAUGUUCAAGAGACAAUUACAAACAAACAACAAAAAGACUAAGUGGAAUCCAGAAGGAGACCAACAAAGACAAUAUUGUUCUUGGAGACAAGAGAAAAACUGGACUAUACUUUUGCUUCUUCAUACAAGCCGUUGAGUGAAAAAGGGGAAAGAGUAAACAGCCGUUCAAUGUUUAGUAAAGACCUUGAUACUAUAGGGACACAGACAAUCUUUAUGAGAAAAUCAGCUAGACAAAAUUAAAGGCUGAUCAAGAACUUAUGUUGUUAGGUGUGACUACCUUUUCUGAAAUCAAAUCAGACACCUAUUAAUCUUACAGGAAGAAAUGCAUAAUGAAAAUUUGGGGUUUUUAAAUUUGGUAUUCUACAGAGGAAGUUAGAACUCCAAUGAUGGUACUAAGCUAAAAAGCAAAUAUAAAUGGCAUAGACAGCUAUGGCAGAAAGGAAAAUAAAAUAGAUAAAAUAAAUAAAUUCAAAUAACACCAUAGGUAAACAAGAAAAAGCUGUGAGAAUAGAGAAAAGAAAUAACAAAUGAUUGUAACAAACUUAGCAUUUCAAGCAAAUAAAUCUAAAUUGUAUCUAGUCACGAUUUAAGAGCAAUUAAUGACAAGAAAAGAUUGAUGAUCCAAAAAAAAUUACAUACUCUGCUUACAAGUGUUUCUCCAUUUGAUAAACAUUUUUACUGUGAAUUAUGAUUUGCAUAAGAAGUAGAUACUGGCAUUUACGUAUUUAAUUAUAAGGGAAAAUAUUAUACAGGUUUAGAAUGGAUGAACUACUAUUCCAACAUGCGGAAAGUUAAUUUGGUUGAUUAAUGCUAAAAAGUUGAUAAAAUGAUUGGUUGUCAUUGAGUUAUAGUUGCCAGCAUGGGCAAACAGAUGUGGAAGCUAAAAAGGGCCUCAGAGUGUCAGGAGAUCUUUUUAGAUUGUAUAAGAAGUGAAAAAUCUCAGUCAUAAAGAUUAUUAUCAUAGAUGUACAUGGGGUGAAUAAGUGGAAUGAAAAUUUAGUAUUUGAUUUGUGAUAAGAAUGAAGAUUUUGAGUUGUGAUAAGAACGAAAAAACUGAUUUGACGGAUAAGAGUGAAGAAAAAUUUGACUAUCAUCUAUAAUUGCAAGGGAUGGAAGAUAAAAAGGUACAGAAAAUAAAUAAUCAUCAAAGCCAUACUUAACAAAAUGUGUGAAAAUACUAAUCGUAACAGAAUUUAUGUUUUACCUUGUAUUAAUGAGCAUGUAAACUAACAAACGUACACCUUUAACACCGCAUGAAAUAUUCACCGAUAGACCUAUGCGUAUUGUAAAAACAUCUGGAAUUAAGUGUUAUAUGAACAAACUAAUUGUCUAUGUAUUGAGUUAUUUGUGUACAGAAAAAGCUGAAAGGAGUUGAGGAGGACAUGAGACAACAUGACUUGAUGAGUGCGAGAUGAUCUAGCUUAUCUGAGGUUCGAGAGGUCGGAGGAGGCCAAACAUGGCCACAGGGGGCCUAACUGGGGGAGACAGGAUGAGACCAGUCCCAGAAUGUCCAAGUGGGAGGAGCAGCCAAUGUAGCAGAGCUCAUAAGAAGGAGAGAAGGAGAAAGAAUGCCAAUGAUAUGAAAGAAGAAACAUCAAAACCAAAUCAAAGUAAAAGCAAUUCAAGUAUACCGACGGAUGGAGAGCAAAGUUUUGAGCACCGAGAGGAAGAAGUGAAAAAGAGAAAUUGUCAAAAGAAAUUGAAUUGAAAACAACGAAGCUGAUUACUACAGAAGAUUUGCAUUGCUACAGUCAAUUAAAGAACGAAACCGAUUACUACAGAAGAUUUGCAUUGCUACAGUCAAUUAAACUUCCUGGCGAUGGACUUUUGCCUUAAACGAGGCCCAGUGAAAGAUCUGCAACAAUAUCAAAGGAACAGAAUCUGGAAAAAAAAGACUGAAAAACACAGAGACAUUGAACAGAAAACAUAAGGUGGACAUUUUAUGGGAAACAUUCCAAAGAUAACAAAUGAUACAAAUGGGGAAUAUUUACAGUUAAGGAAAUAUGUUUACAAAGUUGCUUUUUAGGCUUUAAACUAAACUAGAUUUCAAUAAUGCAAUAACAUUUUCAAGUCCACAUAAAUAGGGGGAUAAAUUCAACAAGAAUUCUUAUGGAUAAGAGAAAAAGUUAAGGUCAACUUAUCUUGAUAAUAUUUAGGUCAUUUGGGAAAAUCUGAAUUUAAAAAUACAUUUUGCAGGCCACAAUUUGGAUAUUUGUGUCAAUGGUAUAGUAACAAAACAUUAAAAAUAGGAACAGGAAGGAUAGAAAUUUCAGAAUGAUACAUACAAAAAAAUGUAAACCUUAUGGAAUUAUGGAGUUAGGAAAAGUCAAUAUGAAAUGCUUUAUAACAGGAAUCUUGAACAAAUCAACUAUAAAACUCUAUAUAUAUUAUGAAGACAUCAAAGAGUCUAGCUUAAGGUGUAAAAGUGAGAAGAGAGAUGCUAUAAGAAGAAUAGUAUAAUCAAAUCAGAGCAAUAUUUGAAGAUCAAAUAUAUCGAUUGGAGAAUUAUUUUGGAUUUGUAGAAAAUUUGUAGAUAACCUCGUUAUCAUUAGGAGGGAGAAAAAGGUUAUUAAAUAUGAUGGAGACAGGAAAUCAUUACAAAAGAAGGGUAUUUAGAAUCCUUAUAAAAGGAUGAACAAAACAAUUAAUCAUAAAAUUAUAUGUAGAUUCUGUCAAUCAACCAAACGGGUACCAAAUUAGAUUAAGGUAUGGGAUUAAGCUAAAUACGGAAUUUAGUAAAGUUUUGUCAGAAUACAAAUACAGAAUAAAUGAAUUAUGUACGGUACUACAAUCAAAAGUAGAUUAUUAAGUUUACCAAUAAGGCAUUAAUUUAUCUUAGGAAAACAACUAGAUGAAGCCAGUAGAAAUACAAGACAUAUUCUGAAUACAUUUUAAUCAGAAGUUAGUGGGUAAAUAAGGUGUAGGUUUCUUUUUAGAAAAAUCAAACAAAAGUUAAAAUAUUAGGAGGAUGGAAAAAUUAAUUUUAAAUCAACAAGAAUGGUAUCAGAACUUACGUUACAAAAUAGUAUUGAAUUCACAACGGGUAGAUAAUAUUCAAGAACCUUUGAUGAUGAUGAUGAUGAUGAUGACGAAGAAGAGGAAUAAGCUGUAUUUGUAUUAAAACAAAUAUUUCGUAUUAUGAAUGAUUUACUUUUUGUUUUUAUUUUCAGUAAUUUUGUUUAUUUGCUUUUUGGUUUUCUUUGCUUUUAUUUUUGUUUCCUUUUUACUAUUACAAUAUAUUCUACAUAACUGUGACAACCAACAGCAGGUGCAGAACCAAUUGCACACAUUUUUAAACUGUUUAUAUAGAGGAACUUUAAGUUCUUUUACUUUUACAUUCAAAGACAAAACAAGAAUGGAAAGAGGUUUGCUCUUAUUGUCCAUAGUUCGAAGUGCUGUGGCAUAAUUUAAUAAUUGGUAAUGUAUGGUGGCUUUCUUUAGUCACAAGUUAGUAAUAACUGAGAAGGCUGAAUUAUGAAACUGCACUCCGGAUUAAAAUAAACAGGAAAGGUGAGGCUAAAUUAAGCCUCAGAGCGGGGAUUAUGAAGAAGUUUUAUUUUAAUCCCAAUCUACAUGAAUAUGAUGAAUAUGAGUUUACCAUUAUAAUCACACGCAAUUUGUUUACUAGGAAGUUAUGCAGUAUUUGUGUCAUGUGUUAUGCUGUGUGUAAGUCAGGAGUUUGCCAUGGGAUUGCUAUUGCAACCCAGCUGUGUGUGUUUCAUGUCAAAGGGCACAAAGGGUUUAAGUAAGUGAAUGGCCAGGGUCAAAUAGGUCACGGGAAGAAGACACUGGUCUGAGGAAUGUCAUUUGGUUCCUGCCUGAACAGAAACAUAUUGUUUUAAGCAUGGAGGAGGGGGGGAACCAAAACCAUAUAUAUUUACCAAGCCUGGCUCAGAAAGUCAGACUGAUUUGGGGAAUCCUCCCAGGACGCUGGUUCUGGGGGGGAUUAACCAGGGGAGUCUCGGCUUUUUAUUUGUCCGGAUAAUAAAAGUCUAUCUCUUGAAAUCAAAACCUAAGACUGAAGAUUGUUUCAUUGGAGGAAAAUGAAAACCACAACAAAAGCCAUGGUAGAAAACGAGAAACAGGCAAAGAGAGCAGACGGCCAUAUUGAGACCAAGAGUUCAGGGGCAGAGCUAGAGGAAGAGGAGGAGGAGCUUAUCCUGGACUGUGACACACAGCUGGAGGAGUCAGUCACUCAGCUACGAAACAGUCUAUCCCUACACAAAGUUGAACUGGUGGAUGCUCUCAUACACAACAUCCAAUCAAAAUAUACAACAAUUAGAAAAUCAACUUUAUCAGCUCAAGAAAGAAUUUAAAACUAGUGUUGAAGAGUUGAGAGGAGAAAUUAAAGAACUUAAACAGGAAAGAGAGACCCUGAACAGAGAGCUAAAAAGUGUCAGAGAGGAGCUGACUUUUAAAGAAAGAGAAAUACAAAGCCUGAAUAAGCAGACAGAAUCCUGCAUACAAUCCAGCUCAAAUAUCACAGAGCCACCAGCACAUCCACUUCUGACACCUCCCGAGAAAAACACACCAACAACAACACAGACUGAUGCGCCUCCUGAACAACAGCAGGAUCAGAAAAACACAUCUAGACAUGCUGAAAUAGUCAUUUUAAUAGACUCAAAUGGCAAGUUCAUCAAUGAAAAACAGCUUUUUCCCAACCACAAAACAAUAAAACUUUGGUGCCCGAACACAGAAAGUGCCCUUCGACAACUUGAAAAAGAAAAACUGGGUGAUCCCAGCCAUAUCAUCAUACAUGUGGCAUCAAAUGACCUGAGGACACAACAGGAACGAGUGGCACAGUCAGUUAUGCACGUGGCCGUUAAAUCAACACAGACCUUCCCAACAUCUAAAAUAGUCAUCUCCACCAUACUACCCAGAACUGAUUUCCACCUGCGCACAAUACAGAGAGUCAACACAGACAUCUCACGUGGAUGUGCAGGAAUGCCAAACGUUCACCUGGCACAUUAUUCUACACUGAACAUUCACCAUCUUCAUGACCACAUUCACCUACGUAAAGACAGCGUGAAUGUGUUGGCUAAAAAUCUAAAAGAUGUUGCACUUGGCAGAACCCCUGGCAGUCCCUCAAGGAGUAACAAAGAAUCUAGCAACCCUCAACUAAAGAGACACUUCCACCCAAUAUCACCACAUAGCAUCUUCUCCCAAAAUCCUGAUGAACGCUAUACUACAGAACCCUGGAGACUUUGUCAACAACACCCUACGUCUCAACAACUUUACCCUGUCCCCCGGUACCCACAUCCUGGACAACAACAACCACGUUUUCGACCUACGCACCCACAACCUGUACGUGAACAGUGA